AUGCCGGUCUUCCACACGCGCACGAUCGAGAGCAUCCUGGAGCCGGUGGCCCAGCAGAUCUCCCACCUGGUCAUCAUGCACGAGGAGGGCGAGGUGGACGGCAAGGCCAUCCCGGACCUCACCGCCCCGGUGGCCGCCGUGCAAGCCGCCGUCAGCAACCUGGUCCGGGUGGGAAAAGAAACCGUUCAGACAACCGAAGACCAGAUUUUGAAGAGAGAUAUGCCGCCAGCAUUCAUCAAGGUUUUCGAAAAGGCUGUAUCCUGCCUCUCUCUGGGAAUGACAAAGAUGGCCAAGAUGAUUGACGAACGACAGCAAGAACUGACUCACCAGGAGCACCGGGUCAUGCUGGUCAACUCCAUGAACACCGUGAAGGAUCUCCUCCCAGUUCUCAUUUCAGCAAUGAAGAUUUUUGUAACAACUAAGAACUUUCAGAGCCAGGGAAUUGAGGAAGCCUUGAAAAACCGCAAAUUUACAGUGGAGAAGAUGAGUACAGAAAUAAAUGAAAUAAUCCGGGUAUUGCAGCUGACUUCCUGGGAUGAAGAUGCUUGGGCCAGCAAGGACACGGAAGCCAUGAAGAGGGCGCUGGCUCUAAUCGAUUCCAAGAUGAAGCAGGCCAAGGGCUGGCUCAGGGACCCCACUGCUCCAGCAGGGGACGCUGGCGAACAAGCCAUAAGACAAAUCCUGGAUGAAGCAGGAAAUGUUGGAGAAUUGUGCGCAGGUAAAGAACGCCGGGAGAUUCUAGGCACCUGCAAAAUGUUGGGCCAGCUGACGGAUCAACUAGCUGAUCUUCGGGCCAGGGGGCAGGGGACCACCCCUCUCGCAAUGCAGAAAGCUCAGCAGAUCGCUCAAGGGCUGGACUUGCUGACAGCCAAAGUGGAAAACGCGGCUCGCAAGCUGGAGGCCAUGACCAACUCCAAGCAGGCCAUUGCCAAGAAGAUUGACGCUGCCCAGAGCUGGCUGGCAGAUCCUAACGGGGGCAGCGAAGGAGAAGAACACAUCCGAGGAAUUAUGACUGAAGCCAGGAAAAUUGCAGAGCUCUGCGAAGACCCCAAAGAGAGAGAUGACAUUUUGCGGUCCUUGGGAGAAAUCUCUGCUUUGACAGCUAAAUUGUCCGACCUUCGAAAACAUGGGAAAGGCGAUUCGCCAGAAGCCCGGGCAUUAGCCAAGCAAAUAGCGACAUCGCUUCAGAAUUUGCAGUCCAAAACCAACAAGGCUGUUGCAAACAGCAGGCCCGUCAAGCCAGCUGUUCAUCUGGAAGGCAAGAUUGAGCAAGCUCAAAGAUGGAUAGACAACCCUACGGUUGAUGAUCGGGGUGUAGGCCAGGCUUCCCUCCGGGGACUGGUGGCCGAAGGGCGCCGCCUUGCCAACGUCAUGAUGGGGCCCUACCGCCAGGACUUGCUUGCCAAGUGUGACCGGGUGGAGCAGCUGGCUGCCCAGUUAGCUGAUUUGGCCGCAAGAGGAGAAGGCGACUCCCCACAGGCCAGAGUCGUGGCUCUUCAGCUGCAGGAGGCGCUGAAGGAUCUUAAAUCAAGGAUGCAAGAAGCUAUGACCCAGGAAGUGUCGGAAGUGUUUAGCGAUACCACAACCCCAAUCAAGCUGUUGGCAGUAGCAGCCACUGCUCCUCCAGAUGCGUCCAACAGGGAGGAGGUCUUUGAGGAAAGGGCAGCCAACUUUGAGAAUCACGCGGCGAGGCUGGGGGCCACGGCGGAGAAAGCGGCGGCUGUUGGGACAGCCAACAAAAGUACCGUGGAGGGCAUCCAGGCGACCGUGAAGUCAGCAAGGGAACUGACGCCUCAGGUAGUGUCUGCCGCUCGCAUCCUGUUGAGGAAUCCUGGCAAUCAGGCUGCUUAUGAACAUUUUGAGACCAUGAAGAACCAAUGGAUCGAUAAUGUGGAAAAAAUGACAGGCUUAGUGGAUGAAGCCAUCGACACCAAAUCCCUGCUGGACGCCUCUGAGGAAGCCAUUAAGAAAGACCUGGACAAAUGCAAGGUGGCCAUGGCCAACGUUCAGCCACAGAUGCUGGUAGCUGGGGCCACCAGCAUUGCCCGGCGAGCGAACCGUAUCCUGCUGGUGGCAAAGAAAGAGGUGGAAAACUCAGAAGAUCCUAAAUUCCGUGAAGCUAUUAAAGCUGCCUCGGAUGACUUGAGCAAGACCAUUUCGCCAAUGGUGAUGGAUGCAAAAGCCGUGGCAGGCAACAUUUCUGACCCGGGUUUGCAGAAGAACUUUCUUGAUUCUGGAUACAGGAUUCUAGGAGCGGUGGCCAGAGUCCGAGAUGCUUUCCAGCCCCAGGAGCCCGAUUUCCCGCCUCCUCCUCCUCCUGACCUCGAGCAGCUCCACCUCACCGAUGAACUUGCUCCCCCAAAGCCCCCUCUGCCCGAAGGGGAGGUUCCUCCUCCUCGCCCCCCACCCCCUGAAGAGAAGGACGAAGAGUUCCCGGAGCAGAAGGCCGGCGAGGUGCUUAACCAGCCCAUGAUGAUGGCCGCCAGGCAGCUCCACGAUGAAGCCAGGAAAUGGUCCAGCAAGCCUGAAGUGGCUGGUGGGGGGAAGGAAGCCCCCACCGAGGUUGGCCUAGGCGUAGCUCGGGAGGAGGCGGAGGAGGAGGAGGAGGAGGAAGCAGGAGUUGAAUUCACCCUCCCCUCCGACAUGGAAGAUGAUUACGAGCCUGAGCUGCUGCUCAUGCCGACCAACCAGCCUGUUAACCAGCCCAUUCUGGCCGCUGCUCAGUCUCUGCACCGGGAAGCUACCAAGUGGUCCAGUAAGGGGAACGACAUCAUUGCGGCGGCCAAGCGCAUGGCCUUGCUGAUGGCCGAGAUGUCCCGCCUGGUGAGGGGCGCCAGCGGGAACAAGCGAGCGCUCAUCCAGUGUGCGAAAGAUAUCGCGAAAGCUUCCGACGAAGUGACCCGUCUGGCUAAAGAGGUGGCCAAACAGUGCACGGACAAGAGGAUCCGAACAAACCUUUUGCAGGUUUGUGAACGAAUCCCAACCAUCAGCACUCAGCUGAAAAUCCUGUCCACUGUCAAAGCGACCAUGUUGGGCCGGACCAGCAUCAGCGACGAGGAGUCCGAACAGGCCACAGAGAUGUUGGUCCACAACGCCCAGAACCUCAUGCAGUCCGUCAAGGAAACCGUCCGGGAGGCCGAAGCCGCAUCCAUUAAGAUCCGGACAGACGCUGGAUUCACUUUGCGCUGGGUCAGGAAGACCCCGUGGUACCAGUAGGGAGCAUUGCUC